AUGUUUAAAAGUAAGAAGCUCAAGACGGUUUCGAACGCUAUCAAAUCGGUAGCUUCGAAAGAUGCCUCGAAUGGAAUCUCAUCAAAGAUGUUUGAGCUUUCCGAGGUCAGCAGGUACGGUAUGAACGGAAAAGUGUGCACCUUUGCCUUUGAUCCAGUUCAGAGCUUGUUAGCUAUUGCUACAGAUAGCGGAGAAAUUCAUGUUUAUGGGAAGCAGCAAGUUGAGGUUGUUUUUACUCUAGAAGUUAAGGCAAUUAAGGAGAUGAGAUUUAUCAAAGGUAUAUAUUUGAUUGUUGUCGACGCCAAGGAUUCAUUGAGCGUAUUAUCUCUUCAUAAAAAAGCCCUGCUUGCCUCCUUUUUUCCACCGGGCAAAAUCACCUGUAUUGAAACGGAUCCGUCGUUAAACUGGGUUUUGAUCGGUUUACAGAGUGGUGCGACCAUCGUAUAUGAUGUUGAUAGAGACUAUCUUUCGCCGUUCAAGAUCGAAAACCUCCAGAAAAGCAGGUUCUUUAAAAGAGAACCCCUAUCUCCGGUAGUAUCUCUUCAGUGGAAUCCGCGAGAUAUCGGGACGGUGUUGAUUGCCUAUGAUAAAGUUACUGUUCUCUAUUCAUUUGUAGAAAAUGACGUAAAGCAACAAUUCAUUCACGAAGAAGGGGAAAAUGUUCCAAAAGUGCUCCACUCAGUAUUUCAUCCUAAUGGAUUGAAUAUCAUGACCGUUCACGACGGCAAUUGUUUGGUAUUUUGGGACAGCAACACUGGUCAGAAAAUAGUAUCAAGAUUCUUGCUAGAUGAAGAUCCAUUAAUUACUUCUACAGUAAGUACUAGCAUUUUUAAGGUUGCUUGGAUUCAAGAAAAAGAUGAAAAUUCUACGUCACUACUGUUUGCUGGUGGUUCAGGAGAUGCUACUACUGGGGAUCAUAGUCUAACCUUAAUAAAUCUCGGUCCUACACCAAUAUACACAGUUACCUCUUAUGAUAAAAUGGCCACUUACUAUGCGCAACCUGUCAGCCAAAAAAUUAUUCCAGUUCCAAAUGAUGCAUCCAUAAUUAAUUUCCUACCGUUAGCAAAUGGAAAUCCAUAUUACGCGGGAAACUUUGCACCUAUGGUAAUUCUCGUUUUAUUGGACGAUGGCGAGAUAGAAACUUUGUUAUACCCAUCUGGUAGUAUUACUUACAAGGCAUCGUUGUUCCCUCAGAGUAUAUCUUGGAUAAGACCCGCUGCAACUACGUCAUAUGCAACUAGCGUUCCUAAAAAGACUUGGUUGGGAAUGAUGUCAGCAACCUACAAUCGGGAUUAUAUUUUGAAAGGUGGCUACCCUGCUAAGAAGACGCUAAGAGUGCACGAUAGCAGAUCCGCUUUGUCUACAGGCCAUACUAACGGAUCGGUAAGAAUCUGGGAUGCUUCCCACGGCGAGUUAGAUGAAUCUUCGGUGUUUGACGUCAAUGUAUCGCACUCACUCAAUACUUCACAAUCAGUCGCUGUUGACCACAUAUCAUAUGCUGCAGAGACUGCUGAAUUAGCAGUAUCUAUUGAGUCUGGUGAUGUUGUUUUGUAUAAGUUCCAAGUGAACCAAUUUUUUACCUCUCAAAAAGAUGUAGCACUUGAAAUGAAUUUCAGAAGGUUUUCCCUCAAUGAUAAACCCCACGAAAUCUUGGUUGAUAUAAGAGAUAGAGCUCCAAACAACAUACGCGAAGGGUUUAUGCCGGUAACUGCCGUUCAUGCUAGAAAAGGAAGGGUCUCUUCUCUUUGUAAUAGCAAUGUUGGAUUUGUUGCAAUAGCAUAUGAGGAUGGCACUAUAAUUGUCAUUGAUCGAAGAGGACCAGCGAUGAUAUAUAUGGAUAGCAUCUCAAAAAUCUCGAAAGUAAGAAGUUCUUACGUCUCUCAAUUCGAGUUCACGAUUAUGGAGUAUGGCGAAGAUGGUUAUUCGUCCAUUUUAUUGCUAUGCGGUACCGAUGCGGGUGAAGUAAUUCUAUUGAAAAUUAUUCCUGAUCCAAGCGGGCGGUUUACCGUACAACCUUAUGAUGCGUUGAAAGCUACAGAUGAUGGACCAAUCGUUUCUUUGGCAACAUUUUCUAAAGAAAGUGGAAGUUCCUGUCGAGCUUCAAUUCCUCGUAUGCAACAACUUUCAAAAGGAUUAAGGGUCCAGGCUCAAAUCGUCAUCUCAGGAAGAACUGAUAUCAGGUUGAUAACCCCUGGAAAAUCAAAGGAUACCCAUCGAAUUUUCAAGUAUCCAAUUGCCGUAUCUGGAUUAUCAAUUGUUCCAUUUUUGAAUGCAAAAAAUGAACAUAGCAUCGCAACAGUUCUUGUUACAGUUCUAAUUAAUGGUGAAAUCAAGGUCCUUUCUUUACCGGAGUUGAAAGAAAUUAAGUCUUUUGCUCCGUUGGCUAACGUUCACUCUAAAUAUGUCAAAGAGUCAGGAGUGUUGGUUAACGGUGAUAUUGUCUACAGGGUAAGCAAAACGGAAGCAUUUCUUUUGACUGUGAUUAAGAAGAGCUCAACCACCUCUCAAUCUCAGAAUUCAGAAGAGACAGACUCGUUGUAUAAUCCUAACCUGAGGAUUAAGUGCAGACCUUAUUACAACAGCCUUCAAUGGGUUCGCGGAUCUAUAUAUUGCAAACCGGAAGAUUUGGAUCAUUUACUCGGAGAAGGAAGACCUGAACAGAAAUACGAGGAAGAAAAGAUUGCCAAGGGCACAAUAUCCUUGUCACCAGAAGAAAAGACACAUAAUACUCAUGAGUUAUCAGCAAACGGGAGGUACCAGUACCAAGCUCCCGUAAGGCACAGUGCGAAAAGUGGUGGUUACGGUCCGCUGAGAUCUAUAUCAAGAGCAAUGCAAAAUGGUAUGGAUUCUAUAGAGGAUACUUUCAAUGACUAUGCUACUGCAGCAAAUGAAACUAUGAAUGAUGCCACAGAUCAAAUAGGAAAAGACUUGAUAAAGGGAGCAUUUAACUCCAAGAUCGGAUUAUGA